AUUCAAACAACAUCACAGUUAGAUUUGUGAGCAGAGUGUUGGCAAUUGAUGCCAAGAUACUCUUUUGACCCUUGAUAAACAGUCAGUGAUAAAACUUUAAACCCUCAUGGUGCUCUGAGUUGGGCUGUAGGUACUUGUUAAGCUCUAGUAACACCCUGUUGGUACCCAUUUUUGGCAGGAGAGGGGAGACUUCUCUGUAAAUACUUAUUUUAUUGAGGCCAGUGACCAGCAAUUCUUUUCCUGCACUGCGGCCAGAAUAAGAAGAAAUUGACUUUUAGUGUAAUUGUAAAAAAGCAAGUGUAAAUGAAGCUCCAUUUAGAAGGGGUACCAGUGAAUGAAAGUGGCUGUCCAAAUCUCCUUCUUUGGGGUUCUUAAAGAAUAGGAACAAUCUGGUUUAUGGUGUGAAUGCAGUUCUAUGAGUUAAUUAUAGCUAAUUAGUAGAUAUCAAUAACCUCAGAUAUGCAGAUGACACCACCCUUAUGGCAGAAAGUGUAGAGGAACUAAAAAGCCUCUUGAUGAAAGUGAAAGAGGAGAGUGAAAAAGUUGGCUUAAAGCUCAACAUUCAGGCCUUGAGAGGCCGACUGGGUGAGGGAGACAUGGAGAACUGUUUGGUGGCCGCGGCGCUGAACGGGGUGGACCGACGUUCCCUGCAGCGUUCGGCUAGGCUGGGUCAGGAAGUGCUGGAGCGGGCCAAGAGGAGGGCCGUGGACUGGCCUUCGGUGGAGCUUCCCAAAGGCAGCGUGGGGAUCGUUUCCCGGGUGCGGCACUGUGGAGAAAGAGGGCCGGCAGCCAGCCCCCAGCGCCUUCUCCCAGGAAAGAGAGAAGACAGACACCCGACCCUCAGUGCUUCCUUCAGAACAAUGGCUGAAUACAUGAACUAUACUUCAAGUCAGUGUGGGAAAUAUUACUCAUCUGCACCAGAGGAAGGAGGGACAACACACGUCUACCGCUAUCACAGAGGGACAUCGGAGCUGCACCUGUGCUCUGAUGCGGGGAGUGGUCAGAGAAAAGACGCAGGCCUUAGUGUUGGAGGCAUGCAUCGGGCAUCAGAGUGUGUGCUGAAGGCACCCCAGUCUGCUGAGAGCGUCUCUAAGGACCUCUACAUAGAAGUCUAUCCAGGGACCUAUUCCGUCACUGUGGGUGCAGAUGACUUGACCAAAAAGACUCACGUCGUAGCAGUUGAUUCCGGACAAAGUGUGGACUUGGUCUUCCCCAUAUGAUGUGGACCGUCACAGGCAUCACAUCACCUUUUUCUGAGUAUCAAGAAGAAUAAAGCCACUGUAUAUUCUUAA